CUGUGUCUGGCAGAGCUGGUGUGAGACCAAGAGACAAUCCUUCCCCGCCGCCCGGAUAAUCAAGAGUUUUGGCCGGACCUCUGAGCAUACACCGAGAGAGGGAGAGAGGAGCCAGACUAAAAAGCACAGACUAUGGCGCUGAAACGGAUUAAUAAGGAACUUAGUGAUUUGGCCAGUGACCCUCCAGCACAAUGUUCUGCAGGUCCAGUUGGGGAUGAUAUGUUUCACUGGCAAGCCACAAUUAUGGGACCUAAUGACAGCCCAUAUCAAGGCGGUGUAUUCUUUUUGACAAUUCAUUUUCCUACAGACUACCCCUUCAAACCACCUAAGGUUGCAUUUACAACAAGAAUUUAUCAUCCAAAUAUUAACAGUAAUGGCAGCAUUUGUCUCGAUAUUCUAAGAUCACAGUGGUCUCCUGCUUUAACUAUUUCUAAAGUUCUUUUAUCCAUUUGUUCACUGCUAUGUGAUCCAAACCCAGAUGACCCCCUAGUGCCAGAGAUUGCACGGAUCUAUAAAACAGACAGAGAUAAGUACAACAGAAUAUCUCGGGAAUGGACUCAGAAGUAUGCCAUGUGAUGCUACCUUAAAGUCAGAAUAACCUGCAUUAUAGCUGGAAUAAACUUUAAAUUACUGUUCCUUUUUUGAUUUUCUUAUCCGGCUGCUCCCCUAUCAGACCUCAUCUUUUUUUAAUUUUAUUUUUUGUUUACCUCCCUCCAUUCAUUCACAUGCUCAUCUGAGAAGACUUAAGUUCUUCCAGCUUUGGACAAUAACUGCUUUUAGAAACUGUAAAGUAGUUACAAGAGAACAGUUGCC